AAAAAAUGCUCAUUCUCUUAAAGGGUCAAGCCCAACUGGCUCAGCAACAACUGCAAAGACAAGUCGAGUUUAUCGUUGCUCAAGCGCAAAAUGCACAAAUUCAAGCACUUCAGCAGCAAGUUGCCUAUCAGCAACAACAACAAGCCCAAGCCCAAGCUCAGGCGCAAGCCCAAGCGCAAGCCCAAGCCCAAGCUCAGGCCCAGGCGCAAGCUCAGGCCCAAGUGCAGGCUCAGGCUCAAGCUCAGGCGGUAGCUCAGCAUCAUAAAGCUCAACAGCAGCAACAGCAGCAGCAACAACAACAACAGCAACACCAACAAGCACAACAA